AUGCCUCUCUUUGCGCAGAAGAAAGGCCCGCCACAGCACAAGCACGCCUAUCUCUCAGGCAACUUUGCACCUAUCAACCAGACACUACCUCUGACCAAAUGUACCUACGAUGGAAACAUUCCGUCGGAGCUUGCGGGCGGCGAAUACGUCCGCAAUGGUGGAAACCCUGUGUCUAACGAAGACUUGGGUCGUGACGCCCACUGGUUCGACGGCGAUGGCAUGCUAAGUGGUGUCUCAUUCACCAGACAACCCGAUGGUUCUAUUCAGCCCGAGUUCGUCAACCAGUAUAUUCUCACAGACAUUUUCCUCUCAACCCUCGCCUCUCCACGCCUACGCUCGCCCAUCCUGCCUAGCAUCGCAACUCUGGUCAAUCCUCUCUCAUCCCUCAUCACCAUCAUCCUACGCAUCCUGCGCACCAUCGCCCUUGUCAUUUUGUCCUUCUUGCCGGGUUCCACUCGCGCCAUCAAGAAAAUCAGCGUCGCCAACACUUCCAUACUUUACCAUGAUGGCAGAGCAUUGGCAACAUGUGAGAGUGGGCCACCAAUGCGCAUCGCACUUCCUGGUCUGGAAACCGUUGGCUGGUACGAUGGUAAUCGCGCAGAGGGCGAACCUGAGCCUCUCAACAAGAAUGACCCUUCUUUCUCAGAACAAGGACUUCUCGGCUUCCUGCGUGAAUGGACAACUGCUCAUCCAAAGGUGGAUCCAAUCACCAAGGAGAUGAUGCUUUUCCACUCGACCUUCCUCCCUCCCUACGUUCAAUACUCUAUUAUUCCACCAACCUCUGCUCGCUCUGAGACCAACAAAGGUAUCGUUCAGCGCCCUGUUCCGGGCAUCGCCGGCGCCAAAAUGAUGCAUGACUUUGGCGUAUCUCUCAAGCACACUAUCAUCAUGGAUCUUCCUCUUUCUCUCGACCCUUUCAAUCUGGCAAAGAACAAGCCCGUAAUUGAUUAUGAUGCUACCAAGCCUGCCCGCUUUGGUGUCUUUCCUCGCCACCACCCAGAACGAGUCAAGUAUUUCGAAACGACAGCUUGCUGUAUCUUCCAUACUGCAAAUGCUUGGGACGAUUUCGACCCUUCGGGCGAGGUCGAGACGGUUCACCUGUUGACUUGUAGGCUCACAUCUGCGUGUUUGGUUUUCAGUGCUGGCAACAUUGCCGCACCUCGUCCAACUAAGCAGACCGCCAAGGCCGUCAAGAAGACCAUGCCUUUCUUCUCCAAAUAUAACGCAGAUGAAAAGUGUUUGUUCGAAGGCGCACCUACUUUGGAAUCGCCUGGUUUAGAGCACGAACCUCUAAUCAAAAUGAACAAGAAUGGCCAGGACACUCCUUCCUACUUCGAUGAGCGAGACGAUGAUAUUGAGGAUAUCCCUGAGGAAGACGAUCAGUGCCGACUAUACCACUAUGCGUUCUCACUCAAGUCUUCUCAAAUCACUGCUCAGUAUGGACUGUCUGCAAUCUCUUUCGAGUUCCCAUCUGUUCAUCCCGACCUCGAUAUGCAGAAAGCUCGCUUUGUCUACGGGUGCACUACAUCUAUCUCCUCAUUCAACGCGGCGUUGGGUCGUUCAGUAAAGAUCGAUGCUCUGGCCAAGAUUGAUGCCAGAACACUCAUCGAGAAGGGCGAUCGAUUGACCGAUCAGGGAAAGCUCGAAAAAAUCACUGGUUGUGUCGAUACUCGUACUGUUCAGGAGAUUGUGAACAACCCUCUUGAGAACGACCCAAUCCAAAUCUUCCAGAUGCCUACCGGUUGGUUCGCACAGGAACCCCGAUUUGUUCCACGCAAGGCUGCUCCCGGACAGACUUUGGCGGAGGACGACGGCUACCUCCUCACAUAUGCCUUCGAUGAAUCUCAGUUAGGUCCCGAUGGUGAGGUACCGUCCGAUACAGAUGCUACGAAGAGAGCAAAGAGUGAACUUUGGAUCAUUGACGCCAAGGAUAUGAGCACAGUAAUUGGCAGAAUAGCUCUUCCACAGCGUGUUCCCUAUGGACUUCAUGGCUCAUGGUUCCCUGAAGAAGACAUUCUCGGCCAAAAGGCUAUUGACACGGUUCGCAGUAUCAGCGAAACCAAGACAAAGAAAUACGAAAGCACCUGGAUGAAUAUCAGGGCUUCUGUAGAGAGCAUGCUCUCUUAA